CAGCAGCAGCAGCAGCAGCACAGCCGCUUCCUCCUCAAGCCUUCCGUUACCUGGUUGAUACGUACGCAUGCAUAUGGAUCCCAAAGUUUCCGUUGCUCUUACUCUGUCCCUCGUCGGCGGCUUAAGCACCUCACUUGGUGCACUAUUGGCUAUCAUUAGUCAUGCGCCAAAUAACAAAACACUCGGGAUGUUACAGGGCUUUGCUACUGGACUCAUGCUGAGCAUGUCUUUCUUUGACUUGGCUUAUGAUGCUGUCAAUGCAAUUGGUUUUCUGAAAGGAAACCUUUGGUUUUUCGCUGGAGCACUGCUAUUUUCAACAAUUGCUGAUGUUUUCCCUGAGCCAGAUUGUAAUUUGACAGAUCAAAAUGACAAACAGAUGGUUGGUGACAGCAUAGCAGGAAAGCAACUUAUGAUGAGACACCAUCGAAGAGUGAUCUUUAGCGUAGUUGUCACAGCAAUUGUUGCCGGUGUGAGUUUGCAAAAUUUCCCCGUGGGUACAGCUGCAUUUCUUGGAACAACAAAGGGCUUCCGUGUUGGUUUGAAUUUUGCUCUUGCUAUAGCUCUACACUACAUUCCCGAGGGUAUUUCAGUAGCUCUCCCAGCGUACUUUGCCACUAGCAGCAAAUGGCAAGCCUUCAAACUAGCAACACUAUCGGGCUUUGCAGAGCCACUGGGUGUAAUUAUUGUGGCAUACAUAUUCCCAAGCAAUUUGAAUCCUGAAAUAUUGGAAGGUCUACUUGGAUUAGUGGGAGGAGUGAUGGCUUUUCUAACAUUGUAUGAAAUGCUACCAUUAGCAUUUGAAUAUGCUGGACGCAAGGAUGCUGUUAAAGCAGUAUUUGUUGGCAUGGCCUUUAUGUCAAUGAGGUGUGCCAUGCUUCUCAUAUGGAAUAAGCAUACACAGACAUCUCAAACUACAUAUAGUAGGAUGAGAAUGUGACCUGGUUAGUUUGAUAAACAUAGUAAUUAUGUAUCUCUUUCUUUUGCAGCUUGUAUUUCCUAGAUGUUAGCCUCCCAAAGGAGAUGAGUACUUAACAUGAUUUGCACAAAAACCAAUUGAUGAUAUGGUCAAGAGCAUUACAACAUGGGUGUGGCAAACAAGGUAUUUUACAAAUGCUUCAUAUAAUUAUCAUUCUUUGCUAAGAGGAAGUAAAAUCAAUUAUCAUAAUUUUUUGAAAAAAUAUUAAGUUUUGUGUUUACUAGAAACUGUAGCUUCAUAAACUAUAGAGGCAUCUAUUUGAACUUUUAAACCCAUAGAGAUUACUGCAGACAGAGAUCCAUUAUUGCUUUCAUGGUUGAAAUAACAUCGAAAUGCUAAAUAAUGCUUGUAUGAAUCUGCUACAAUGUUUCACUUUUCAGUGUUACUGUGCACUAAAAUUAUUAGGAUAUCAUAAAAAUAAUAGUUCGAGAUAUCUUAUCUUAUGGUAGCUAACUAGCUAAGAAAAGUGAAAGACAUUUAACAUGUACCUCAAAUAUUUUCAUAUCUAUGUUUGAUAUUGGUUGCUGAGGUCCAGGAACAGGAAAUGGAUUUUUUGGCAAGCUAUUCGUGUGAGGAGGUUGGCCUGUAUAUGGAGGAAUACUGAAAGAACCAGCAAGCGGUUGUGGUUGCAAUGAAUUGUUAGGUAAUGUACUCAAAACAGGCCCUGAGGAAGGAACUGAUGGACCAUAGGUCUGGGGAGUGGACAGCCAAGGAGCAUUAUUCGAUUGGUAAUGAAGCAAACCUUGCUGUGAAGUUGUAUUCUGCACUGGAUUUACAUCACCGGAGGUAACAGCAGAAGAAACAGUAGUAGUUGUUGAAGUAGUUGUUGACUUCACCUAAGGUCCAUAUGAUCCCAUGGUCAGUUGGUAAAAAACAAGAUGAUUUACAGGGGGAGAAAAAAAAUGCAUGCUGGACUUACAGAAACAGGAGACAGAAGCAGCUCAAUCAAUGCAACUGCAGCAUCUACUUUAUCAUAAGAGUCAGCUGAGACAUUUAUGUGAAGGUCUUCAUAAGCAGCUGGAAUUUCAUUUAUGUCUUGAUAAUGAAUCUCAGUCUGAGCAUGAAUAAAAAAGUUUUCAUUUGUA